AUGAGAUUUUGGCACCGUGCACAAUUCAGCCCUGGGGUAUCUGCAGAGAGGUCCAAGCCCGGGGAAGCCCAGAGUGCCAGGGCCAAGGCCUGUUGGGCAUCGGGGCAGGGCAGGCACAGGGGCGGGGGCGGGGCGCUCAUGCCCGAGGACAGCCCCUCAGUGUCCCCUCAAUGCUCAGUGGCUGGAUGGAAACCCCAGGCUGGGGGAAGGGCACCCAAAAAAGAAAAGGGUCCACAGGACUUCCCUGGUGGCCCAGUGGUUAAGAUUUUGCUUUCUGAUGCAGGGGGUGCGGGUUUGAUCCCUGGUCAGGGAACUAAGAUCCCACAUGCCUCAUGGCCCCAGAAAACACAAACAAUAUUGUAA